AUGACCUCCAUGGGAGUCGUCUCCGCGCUCCUGCACAGCGGCAGCAGCGGCAGCAGCAGCGGCAGGCAUCUGGGGUCCCUCCUCGCCGUCUGCAUCGCCGCCACCGCCGCCGUCUUAGCGGUGGUGGCCGCUCACGAAGUCUCCACGACCACGGGGUCUGGUGGCCCCCCCCGCUGGAGCCGCAUGUCCGGCUCGCUGUCCAAGCCGCUGUGGGUCGUGCCCAGCGGCAGCAGCGUCAAGCUGCGCUGCCUCGCAACCGGAGUGCCCACGCCCUCCGUGGCGUGGCACCACGACGGAGGGCGCCUCCACGGCGGGGAGGAGCGGCGCCUCGGGGCCUUUCGGCUGAGGAUCAAGGACUGGACGCUGGUGCUGGACAGCGUGGUGCCCUCUGACGCGGGCAACUACAGCUGUGUGGUCAGCAACCAGCACGGCUCCAUCCAGCACUCGUACCAGCUCGUCGUCAUCGAGCGUGGCCAGCCCCAGCGGCCGUCGCUGCAGGACGGCCUCCCGGCGAACGUGACGGCGGCGGAGGGGAGCGACGUGGAGCUCCGCUGCGUCGUCCUGCAGAGCGCUGGCGGCAGCAGUCAGCAGCAGCUGCACCACCACGUGCAGUGGCUCAAGCACGUGGAGGUGAAUGGCAGCCUCGAAGCACCCAAUGGCUCACCCUACGUGCACGUCCUCACGCAGCCUGCGUCGUGGGUAUACAAACAAGAUGCUGAUUCGCUCGCUCUCUCCGCGCCGCCCGCCGUGUCGCCUCAAGACGGUGGCGUGGAGGUGACGGACGUGGAGACGGACGUGCUGUACCUGCGCAACGUCAGCACGGACGACUCGGGCCGCUACACCUGCCUGGCGGGCAACGCCGCGGGAUUCGCUCACCGCUCUGCAUGGCUCCUCGUCGUGCCGCAAGAGACGCCGGCUG